CCACUGACUUUCAAAGCUUCAUAUUAUGACUUUGGUCGGUCCCACCGAGUGGACUCGGUAACUCAGUCAACAACAACGAAAUCUUUCCAGACGAAAGUGGGAAAAAGGAAGAGUGCGAACUGAGAACAUGCUUUGACCCUAAAAAUGGCGACAUCGGUGAUUCAGAGGUUGUACAAGCAGGGCACGAAGAUCGUCGGCGUUGGCCUCAAUUACGCUUCUCACGCCAAAGAACUUGGCAACGCCCUCCCAAAGGACCCGAUUGUGUUCUUGAAGCCAACCUCGUCGUACCUGGAAAACGGUGGAACAAUUGAGAUCCCACAUCCUCUGGACUCACUUCACCAUGAGGUGGAACUCGCUGUAGUAAUUGGACACAAGGCAAGAGAUGUCCCAGAACGGUUAGCCAUGGAUUACAUCGGAGGAUAUGCGCUUGCUCUUGAUAUGACUGCUAGGGAAUACCAAGCUUCUGCCAUGGCAUCUGGUCUCCCAUGUACGCUUGCUAAAGCACAGGAUAGUUUCACUCCCAUCAGCUCCGUUUUACCAAAGGCAAUGGUGCUGGAUCCCAAUAACCUGGAGCUUUGGCUAAAGGUUGAUGAUGAGACAAGACAAAGAGGUUGGACAAAGGAUAUGAUUUACAAGGUCCCAUACCUCAUCAGCUACAUUAGUUCUGUAAUGACCCUUUUCAAAGGAGACGUCAUCUUGACAGGUACACCAGAAGGUAUAGGACCUGUAAAGAUUGGUCAGAAGAUAACAGCUGGAAUCACCGGUCUUUCUGAAGUUCAUUUCGAUGUUGGUAGGCGUGUAAAGCCAUUGUUGAGCUAGUGUUUUUGUGAACCUUUUGGUAGUUUUGUAUGAUCUUUUCAGUUAUAUAUAUAAGCAUUCAACUUUAUUAUUGAAACCAAUUAAAGCU